AUGACAUCCCCGGCUGUUCUCAACUCGGACGGCGAGGUUCCAGCCAGUUCUGGCCUCCUAGCCGCUGCCGAAGAAGCUCCAGUAAGAGCGGAUACCCAUAAGCUCAGCGUGGGAGCUCAAGCUAACGAAGAAAAUAAGGCAAUUCUUGUCAACCAUGACAAACUCGUACAACUAUCUACCCAUAACGAGCAUGAUAUGGCAGCAGACGGCUCAUCCACCGACAGACUGGCAAACGAUGUCGCUGGCUUCCAUUUCAGUAACGGGGCUGGUACGGAAAGCACCGUCGUCGAGGAUCCGUCCCCUUGCACCGAAAGGUCUCCAGCCAAGAACCGAUCCGGCACUCUAGGCACCCAUGCCAGCAGUCCCCAAACGCCGAGUGACAUCUCGAACUCGGCUCUGUCUCAGCGUAAAGAGGUCACUCCCAGCCAGACAAUGCCAACAUCCAUCUCCAUCACUCGUCACAUCAGCCACGUCGAGGGCAACGAACCCGACAUAGAACCAACCUCAAAAUCCGUUGCAAGCACCGAGCCUGUGGGAAUAUAUUAUCCCCCGCGUCGCCCAAACAUUUUCAGGGCGCGCGCAAAGCACCUGCGGUUUCCUAAAUGUGACCGAAACCCGGUUGCGAGCCAUGUCGUCAACAAGUCAGACGACGCCAUGAAGGACGAUGAUGAUUCUUCCAUCGAGGGUUUGGAGGAGUUCGAGUCCGAGUCGAAACGAAACAUGGAGAGAAAGACAAAGCGGUUCAUGAGCGUAGUACAGCAAUGUGCAUGGAGGUCGAGGGUGGAGGAUUUGGGAACUGUUCAGGAAAUUGAGGAAACUCGAUUCAAUCAAGACGAUUUCAGCAUGUUUAGAGCUCUUCAGCACCAUCGCGCCCUGGCCCGCGCAAACGAGCAGCAAGAGGCCACUAUCGAGACACCCAUUCAUCACCCAUACCAACAGACAGAAGCGCAGCCGUUCCGUCGCGCAACGCUCAGAGACUGCUUUCCACAAGCCAACAAGCCGGCUGACUCCUACAAGCAAGUCGCAAUCAACAUUCCCAUCACCAACAAUACCCUCGACAAGGAAAUCAUGAAGACGAACAACAAGAAUACCUCUUCCAUUGUCGAAACCUCGAACCUCGGUCAAAAUGACCGCGUCGACCCCCUUACCAGCUCCAUGUCGCAGCUGAAGAUCUCUCCAACUCCCACCAGGCCUAGCGAUGGCUACAGAACCAGUUGGUUGACGGCUAGUCCUUUCAGCCCAGCCACGCCAAAGCAAUCCAUCUGGACCACGGAUGCACGGGUCGCACUCCCAACCUACACAACCACGACCGCGCACAACAACCAAGACAACCUCGUCGAGUCCCCGAACCGCAGCGAAAGACACAUCAAACAGCAUGUGACGCUGGCCAACUCCCAGGGACAUGACCGCGCUACGGUCAAGAGAACGAUCGUGUCAAGCAUCCACAGCAAGACCGACAACGAAUCCGCAAGCAAGCCGCGGUUGUCACGCCGCGAACAGAGAAAGCUUGAAAGCAGAAAGUGGGCCAGCAAUGCCUUGAUCGACGGAAAAGGCCGCCUGGAUACCAAAAUGAACAAGCUCGGGAAGAUGAGGAAGAGGUUGCGCCAUCGGUGCACCUGGGUGAAGAAGCCCUUCUCGCUCCGCGAGUUUGUUCAUAGGGCGGAGCAGCCGAUUCCGUCCCUGGUGCUGACGGAUCCGGAGGGAGGACGGUACUUCUUGGAGGAUCCCAAGAAGUACAAGAACUAG